AUGCACUACAUCUCCCUCGUUGCUGUCACACUGGCUGCCGCUCUCCCUGCGGUUAGUGCCUACCCCAUCGAAGCCGACAGUGUCCACUGCCGCUCGGGUCCCGGCACCAACCACGAGGUUGUCAAGUCCUACAAGAAGGGCGAAGACAUCAAGGUGACCUGCCAGACGGCGGGCGAGGACAUCAACGGCGACAAGCUGUGGGACAAGACGUCGGACAACUGCUAUGUGGCCGACUACUACGUGAAGACAGGAACCAGCCAGUACGUCGUGGACAAGUGCCCUAGCCAGGGCGGCAAUGACGACAACAACGGCGGAGGCAACAGCGGUGGCAGCGGGUCAGGCAAGGGCAUCGUCGACGCCGCCGAAAAAGAAAAGGGCCUGCCAUACGUCUGGGGCGGCGGCAACUGCCACGGACCCACGCAGGGCGGCUUUGACUGCUCAGGUCUCACGCAGUACGCUGUCUGUCAGGCGCUGAAGAAGGAGAUCCCCCGCACCGCGCAGACGCAGUACCAGUCGAAGCUGGGCAAGCAUAUCCCGCGUGCGCAGGCCGAGGAGGGCGACUUGAUCUUCUGGGGCAAGAACGGGGAUUGUACCAACGGCGUUGUGCACGUCGGUAUCUUCAUUCGCGAUGGGCUGAUGAUCAAUGCUGCGCACACCGGUACCCCUGUGCGCGAGCAGAAGAUCUGGACCUCGUCUGGUGGCGAGGAGAUCUGCCCCGAUGCCGUGCGAUUCACCUAA